AUGAUUUUAUAAAAUUCUGGAUAGGGAAUAAUUAUUUUUAUAUAUAUAAAAUAUCCCAGGUUUAGUUAAUUGGGAGGCUGCGAGGUUUAAAUUUAGAAGGAUCUAGUGAUUGAUUCAUUGUAUAUUUAGAAAAGAAUAUUUAUAAGAAAUGGACACUAACUCAAUUUUGAAUUAAUAUCAGUAGUUGGUUAAGGUGGAUUCGGUAAAGUCUAUAAAGCAAGACUAAUAAAAACACGUAAUUUAGUUGUAGCACUAAAAGUUAUGUCAAAAGUUAGAGUAAUACAGAAAAAGAGUGUGAGUUCAGUUAUGAAUGAGUUAUAGAUUUUAUCAACCCUCAGACAUGAAUUUAUCAUUAAUAUAAUCAGCGCCUUUUAAGAUCGUUGUUCCUUGUAUUUAGCUAUGGAUUUCUUGGCUGGAGGAGAUUUAAGGUUUCACUUAUGCAAAUUUCGAAAAUUCUCUGAGACAAUUACAAAGCAUAUUGCUAUUUGCAUAAUUAUUGGAUUAGACUACAUACAUUCCAAUGGAAUAAUACAUAGAGAUAUCAAACCUGAAAACUUAGUAUUUGAUAGCUAAGGUUAUUUAAGAAUUACAGAUUUUGGUAUUGCCAGAAUAUGGAAACCAUAAAAUAGUCAUGAAACAAGUGGCACUCCUGGGUACAUGGCUCCAGAAGUAAUGUGUAGAUAAAACCAUGGAGUUGCUGUAGAUUACUUUGCAUUGGGCAUAAUAAUUCAUGAGUGUAUUCUGGGAAAACGACCUUAUACUGGAAAGAGUAGACAAGAAAUUCGAGAUUAAAUUAUAGCCAAAUAAGCUGCAAUUACUGAAGUUCCUUAAGGUUGGAGUGCUGAGGCAAUUAAUUUUGCUAAUGCUUUAAUGCAGAGGAAGCCACAAUCCAGAUUGGGAUGCAAUGGACCAGAAGAAGUGAAGAAUCAUCCAUGGUUCAAAGAUAUCAAGUGGAUGGAAUAUGAAAAGAAACAUAUAAGUUCUCCUUUUAUUCCUGAUGAAAAACUGGAGAAUUAUCUAAAAUCCAAUCAACUUGAGUCUCUUGAAGAUUAAUCAAUUCUCCAUUCUGAACAAGUGUAAUGUAAUUAUGUCAAAAAUCAUAGAAUAAUUUUUUGGGUAUGA